UCCAAAGAUUAUUAUUCAAUCUUAUCGAUGGAUGAAAGGUUGAGGCAUGCAGCUCAAUCAGGAAAUAUAGAUGCCUUGUAUGAUUUAAUCGAAGAUGACGCGGAUGUUUUACGCCGCAUCGAUGAGAUGGAGUUCGUUGAUACUCCACUGCACAUAGCUGCAGCUCAAGGGCACACUGAGUUUGCAAUGGAGUUGAUGAACUUAAAGCCAUCAUUCGCCAGGAAGCUCAACCAACGCGGCUUGAGCCCCAUUCACCUAGCCUUGCAAAAGAAACAAGAAAAGAUGGUGGAUGAUCUCCUAUCAAUUGAUAAAGAUCUUGUUCGUGUCAAAGGGAGGGAGGGUUACACUCCUCUUCAUCAUGCAGUCAGGGAAGGAAAUGUUCCUCUUCUGUCUAAAUUUCUGGAGCAUUGCCCCAAUUGUAUCUUAGAUUUGACUAUUCGAAAAGAGACAGCUCUGCAUAUUGCAGCACAAAAUAAUCAUUUAGAAGCUUUCAAAGCCAUACUGAGACGGCUUCCCACUGUAUACGAAGCAGCAAUCCUAAACUUAGAGGACAAGGAUGGAAACACUGUGUUGCACAUAGCCGCAUCAAAUAACCAACACCAGAUGAUCAAACUGUUAAUAAAAAGCCAGAAGAUUGAUUGGAAUAAGGUUAAUCAGAGUGGUUUUACAGCUUUGCAUGUCUUGGAAGCACAAGCUGGAGAUGACAGGAGAGAGAAUGUGAACAUGCUGAAACGUGCCAAAGUUCCACCCUCAAUUUUUUUAGCGAAGAUGGUUCUUCAAAGUCGGCGUUUUACCGAAAUAAUAACUGAUAUUCUGGAAAUGAAAACUGAUACGAUCAAUACGUUGCUAGUCGUAUUGGCACUGAUUCUAUCGAUGACUUACCAAGCUGUUCUCAGCCCACCGGCUGGUGCUCGAGAUGCGGGGAAAUCAUUCAUCAAGCAUUUGGUGUUUUUUUCGUUCUAUGCUUUUAAUUCCGCAGCUUUCAGCCUUGCGUGGCUCUUAACACUUAUGCUUGUCACUGUCGUUGCCAAGAGUAUCAUAAUUCUUCUGUUGCUACUAUACCUGAUGAUGGCUUGUUGCUACGCUGUUGCAUAUUAUACCAUAUCUCCAAACCUGUAUGUCAGUUUCGGUGCUGAUGCUGUUGCUGUUGGUGCCAUCAUUGCUGUCUUAUUUUAUUGUUACUUUUAUUUCCGUCCCAAAAAUUUAUAAA